AUGGGAGUUCUCGAUAUUGUGAAGCCUGGAGUUUUACUGGGAGAUGACGUAACGAAAUUAUUCGAAUACGCUCAGGAGCAUCAGUUCGCAAUUCCAGCUGUUAAUUGCACGACAUCAUCGACAAUCAAUGCCGUUCUGGAAUGUGCAAGAGAUGUUAAGUCACCCCUUAUCAUCCAGCUGUCGAAUGGUGAGCCUUACUUUGUUUUCACUUUGUUCAUCAACUUCCUCGUCCAGGUGGCGCCGCGUUUUUUCGCUGGAAAGGGAAUUGACAAUAAGGACCAGAAAGCCGCGAUUCUUGGAUCUCUUGUCGCUGCCAAACAUGUUCACACGAUGGCUGAGCAUUACGGGGUUCCUGUCAUUCUCCACACUGAUCAUUGCGCCAAGAAGCUUCUUCCGUGGGUGAUGGGACUGAUCGAAGAAAACGAGAAGCAUUUCAAGCAAACAGGGAAGCCGAUUUUCAGCUCCCACAUGCUCGAUUUGUCUGAAGAACCUGAUAACGAAAAUAUUCGCAUCUGUGAAGAAGUUCUGCAACGCUUGAAGCCAAUGGGAAUCACCUUGGAAAUGGAGAUUGGCAUCACAGGUGGCGAAGAAGAUGGUGUUUGUAACGAAGAUGUGGAAAAGACGAAGCUUUACACAACACCAAGAGACAUUGAGCAAGUCUAUAACCACUUGAACGUUAUAGCGCCCAAGAAAUUUACAAUCGCUGCUGCUUUUGGGAACGUUCAUGGGGUUUAUGCAGCUGGAAAUGUUGUUCUUAAACCGUCAAUACUCGGAGAUUGUCAGAGGCACGUCAAACAAGUGAAGGUCACAGGAACAGACAAGCCAUGCUUUUUUGUUUUUUCACGGAGGCUCCGGCUCUGGAGCAACUAAGAUAUCCAGGAAGCGAUUUCGAAUGGUGUUGUGAAGUUCAAUAUCGAUACUGAUACACAAUGGGGAUACUGGGAGGGAAUAUUGAACUUUUACAAGAAAAAUGAAGGCUAUCUUCAAGGCCAGAUCGGAAACCCAGAAGGCGAAGAUAAACCAAACAAGAAAUUCUACGAUCCUCGCGUUUGGCUCCGAGAAGCUGAAAAAUCUUUGAUAAAUCGAUUGAAGCGGUCCUAUAAAGAGCUCAAUUGUGAGAAUCGCAAUUAG